GAAAUACCCCGCACACACAGAUACACACGCACACAGGCGGCGGAGUUCGGGCCUUGGUAUUAGAGCGGCACGGGAAGAGUAAACGGGAGAAAAAGGAAGAAAUUGUGCCAAGUGCAAUGACCACAGCUGGAUCCAGAGCCCCAGGACCUGUUCAUUGUUCAUUGUUGGCUUCCGCCUGUGCGGAUUCCGGGGGCGUUUCAACGUUUCCACGUCUUUCUGUUUCUGGGAGCAAUUAAAAUAUGCAUAAAAUGUAAAUGAGAGAUGCCCAACUAAAGUCAAAGCCAAGCACAAACACCGAGUGUCCUUUCUAGACCCACGACGAUUUUGUUUAUUGAAUUUAGAGCAGGCCAAGCGCAAACCAAAGUGAAAAAACCAAAUGAAAAAGUGAAAAUAAAUUGUGAAUCAAUCAGUUGAGAUUAACAACGAUGGAAUGAAGGAUAUCUGGUCCACGCAGGAAAUUCGAGAGGAGCUGAAUCGAGGAGGAUAAACUUUUGGCCCGCUAUGCCCAGGAAUCGUGCGGUUGCGAGGAGCGCGGCUGUAGAUAUAGAUUCAGAAACAGAUUCAGAUACGGAUACAAAUUUAUUGGGCGCUCGCGUUGAACAUGUGCCAAAGCUGCGGGCUGCUCGGAGCUGACUCUGGUAAAACCGCGACGAGGGCGACGAUGCUGCUUGAUUUUGGCCAACUUAAAUAAACAGGCGAGGCGAAGCGAAAGCAGACCACCCACUCAAUCACAGACACAGCCGCAGAAAAACAAACAAAUAAACUAGGCAAAAACCAGCUCCUCGCCUGUCCCAAAAUGGCCGCGCCCAUCGACGAGAGCGUGCUGAAUGCACUGAGGGGCGUGACCUCCGCCCACACCCGCCUCCCCAAGCCGCUGCUCAUCAAGAUCUACGUGGCCAGCCUGAAGCAGGAGUUCAACCAGGAGCGCCGCAUGCUCCUCGAGCUGGUGGGUCCCGAGCUGCAGUCCCUCUACGACGACCGACAAAUCGAGCUCGAAUUCGUGGACAUGCACUUUGGCACCGGCGACCUGGAGAUCAACCAGUUGGAGCGGGAUCCCUAUAUGAUCGAUGACUAUCUGCACGAGAUCGACACCUGCCACGCCCACACGAAGAGUGUCUUCUUUAUGGUGCUCGUGGGCGAUGGCAUCGGUCGUCAGCUUCUGCCCACGAAAAUGGACGAGGACAUCUUCUCCGCCAUUCUGGCCGAUCAUCAGACCACAGCAGACCAUGAGGCAUCAUUGGUUAAGUGGUACGAAAAAGAUGAAUCUCAGGCGAAGCGACAGCUCAAGCAGGAUUAUCGGCUGAUGGCCGUGGAUGCCUGGCUGGCUGAGUCACAGCCAAUGCAGAGAUUCCUGGAAGGAGUCCUGCAAUCUCUGGUCCAGGGAGCCAGUGCCGCAGGACGAUCCGCGGAUUUUGUAGAGCGGGUUCAGCAACUUCGACGCACGCAGAUCGAAAGGGAGGUUUCGCAGGCCAUGGCUCUUACUAGCGAGAAAAUCCUGGCAGUUUUCCGAGAACGAGCCGCCCAGAGCAGCAAGCGGGAUGUGGAGGCCGGGGAGCGGCUGCGGAAAAUCAAGGACGAACUCACCAUGAACCUCUCCACGGAUAAUCACACGACUCUGGUAGUACCUGGCAGUGCUGCCAGCGAGGCCAUCGACCCGGACAACGAGGACCACGAGUCCUACUUGAGCAAGUUCAAGAACAAAGUCACCGACAAGCUGCGCCUGCUAAUCGAGGCGCACAUAACCAAUGAUCCCGACGUAAUCAAGGGGAGGAAAAAGACUGUGCAGGAAAUCUUUCACGAGCACGCGACUCACCUGCGAAUCCUGCGGGAGCACACGGACAGCGCUGCCCUGGUGGAAUCGCGGGUGCCCCAGCAGCUCCGCCAGAAUUUGAUGGCCAACUUCCGGAACGGCAGUCGGCAUGCGCCGUACUUUCUUUGCGGUGCGGAUGGCAGCGGCAAGAGCGCCAUCCUGAGCCACCUGUACGGCCAGGUGGGCACUUGGUUUGGCUCCACCCGCGUUCACCGGGUGAUCCGCUUUGCCAAGGCCACGCCCCGCUCCGCCUACAAUCUGGAGCUGCUGCGAGUGAUCUGCCAGCAGAUCUCCAUCAUAUUCAACAUCCCGGAGGGCUAUCUGCCCAAGGACGCCUCCUUCGAUCCGCUGUACAUCAACACGUGGUUCCAGAACCUGCUGCGCAGGAUCGAGGAUAUGGGCAACGAUGUGCUGUUCCUGUUCAUCGACGAUCUGCAUCUGCUGAAUCCGCUGGAUUGCGAUAUUGUGACGGCGCUCUCGUGGCUGCCCACCUCGUUGCCCUGGAACGUGCAGAUCAUCUGCAGCUCCACCACGCCGGUGGAGCAGCUCAAGUUCACCCCCAUGCAGCGGGAUCGCUUCAAGUCCACCGAAUAUCAGUUCGAUCUGAAUCUGGGUGACUACGCCACCCGACUCAAGAUUCCGCCGCAAUGCAUUCCGGGCGAUGUGAGCUUCGCUUUGUAUGUGGAGCAGCAGUUCGACCAGCUGGAACGGCACUACGGACGGCAGGCGGUGGGCGAUCUGGCCUCCUACAUCACCUGCUCCGAGUACGGACUGAGUGAGACGGAGCUGCUGGAGCUGCUCAUGCCCACCGACGAUCCCGAGUCGCUCAUCGAGACCAGGAGCGGUCACUUCAGCUUUGCCACCUUCAAGAAGAUCCACCGCGAGAUGGAUAUAUUACUGCUCCUCCACGACAAGAUUAUGUCCGGCAAAGUGCUGAUCCAGUGGCGUCACAACUACUGCUCCGCGGUGGCCAAGCGGCGCUAUUUGGACGUCCAAAGGACGCGCAGCCUGCACUGCGAGCUGGCCAACUUGUUCUUUCCGCAGGACGAGGACGAGAGCACGCUGGAGAACGAGUCGAAUCGCAGCGAUACCAAGUCGGUGAUCAGCAUGAAGGAGAGGGACCGCGAGAAGGACUCACUGUCGGCGGUGUCGGCGGUGUCAGCCGUUUCCGCCGGACGGAAGUCAUCGUCCACCCAUCACAACGACGACACAUCCACCUUCUACAAUCCCAUCGCCGCGGAUGUGAGCUACAGCAUGCGGCACGUGGAGGAGAGCUGGCACCACCUGAUGCGAUCCGAUGACACCACCCGCUUCAAACAGAUCGCUGUCUGCAAUUUCGACUUCCUGCUGGCGGCGGUGCAAACCGUGUCCAUCAGCUACCUGCGCUGCCUGAUCGAGCACGUGCGCUGCUACAUCCUGGACCGGGACAUCGAGCUGAUCUACUACACGAUCCGGAAGUCGAGCGACGUCCUCACUCGCGAUCCAAUGCAGCUGGGAUCCCAGCUGAUAUCCUGGCUGCGUCCGAUCAGCGAGCACGACGACGACGACAACUCGCUGCUGAGCAUGACGGUCCGCUCGGCGACCGCCUGGUGCGACGGCUAUGCCGUACCGCUUCUCGUCCCCCUCACCGGCUGGCUGCCCGCCCCGCUGCCCUCGCAGAUUCGAACGAUGACGGUGUCCGGGACGGGCUGCAUCCGUGCCGUUUGGCUGGCUCCUUCUAAGCAGCAUCUCAUUCUGGCCACCAGCUCCGGCGACGUGCAGCAGUGGCACAUCAUGAGCAACUCGCUGGAGCACAUCUUUAAGGGUCACACUGCGGCAGUCACGUGCCUCGUGGUGGCUCCCCAGUCGGAAUCGGAGCUACUGCUGACCGGCUCCGAGGAUGCCAGUGUUCUCGUGUGGCACGUAGCGCUCCGCGAGCGACGGGCGCACAUUAACAACGCCCACACGGCUCCCAUUACGGGCGUGGCAGCUGGCGUCAAUAACACGCUCAUCAUAAGCAGCAGCGAGGAUGCAACCAUCGCCAUCACGGACCUGGCCAGCGGCAAACUGAGACAUCGUAUCACCCAUCACCGCGGGCCGGUCAGUGGGAUCCUGGUGGCCGGAGCCUGCGAUGUCCUGAUCUCGGGCAGUCUCGACAGGACCAUUUGCGUGUGGAACCUGGAGAACUUCGGCCUGCUGAACACCAUGCAGAUGACUAGUCCCGUGCUUCGCAUCGAUAUUUCCUGGAAUUCGGUCUUUCUGUUGGCUUUGUGUGAGGAUAAUGCGCUUUACGUUCGCACUUUGGCCACGGGCAAGGAGCUGCACAGUCUGAAGGGACACAAGUCAAAGAUCCGCACCAUCUCCAUUGGCAAGGACAGCCAGCGUUGUGUGGUUGGUUGCGAUGAUACGCGGGCUCUGAUCUACGACAUGCAUGCCGGGAAGCUGGUGAGAUCCCUGCCUCCGAAUCCUGGGCCCGUGACCGCCGUGCACGCCAUGGAUAACGAUGACUUCCUGGUCACCGUGGGCGGCAACAAGAUCACCUUCUACUCGUUCCGCAACGAGGAGCUCUACGUGAAUCCCUACUCGCGACAUCCGCGUCGCAAGCGCAGCCUGAAGCGUCAUGCGCAGGCGCAGCGAUCGCCAUCGACCACCUUGCCGCCGAUCACCUGCUUCGAUUUGUCCCGCGACUCCCAGCAAAUGGCCAUCGCCUCCGGCCGGAAUGUCCACCUGAUGCGGAUCAAUACACCCGAGUUCCAGUGCACCUUGGAGGGCCAUUCGGCUGGGGUCUCUUGCCUGAAGUUUGCCCCGAAUGGUGAGUUCCUGGCCACCGGCUCCGAGGAUCGUCUGGUGCUCAUCUGGAACCUGGCGCUGGGCGAGAUUAGGCACUCCUUCAAGGGCCACACAGCACCGGUGGUCAAGGUGGUGGUCCUGAUGGAUUCGCUCCGGGUUAUCUCGACGGAUCGCGACUCACUGCUCCUCGUUUGGAUGGCCCACUCGGGCAAUCUGCUGCAGACCAUCCAGGGUCCCUACAAAUAUCUGGCCGUGACCAACAACAUGCGCUUCGCCGCCUCCACCAACGGGGAUAAUACCCUGAAGAUCUGGUCCCUUACGCAGGAAGACGAGAAGUACUCCGUUUCGCACUCGGACGAGAUCACCUGCUUCGAGAUCAGUGCGGAUAGUGCCCACAUCAUCAGCGGAUCGCGGGACAUGUCCCUCAAGGUGUGGCAGGCGACGGGCGGCAAGCUCAGCCAGGUGCUGGUGGGGCACAGCGAUGCGGUCACCUGCGUGGCCGUUUCGGUGACCAACAAAACGCAGGUCCUGUCCGGCUCCAAGGACAUGAAUCUCAUCCUCUGGGACCUGCUCACCGGCGAGGAGGUUCACACGCUGGCCGGGCAUCUGGGUGCAGUGAUUGGCGUUAAGGUCUCGGCAGAUGGAUCCACUGCAGUUUCUGGAAGCGAUGACAAGACCCUGAUCGUUUGGGAGACCAAGCGCGGCUUAGCCCUGACCUCGCUCCAAAUGCACGUGCCCUUCACCCACUUCGACAUCAGUCUGGAGGUCUCAAGAGUCCUAGUUCAACUGGUGGAUAGCUACAAUCUCCCGGUGAUCUGUCUGCACAACACCCCGGCGCAGUAUGUCAAGCUGCCCACGUAUUCGGGUCCCAGCAAGGAUGUAGAGGAUCUUCGACCCCAGGGUCCCAAGCGACAGAUGAAGCGGCUGCUGAAGAAGGAGGUCUCGCUGGACACGUACACCUGGCAGAAGAAGUACGGCCACCUGACCUCCUCGGUGAUGAUGGCCCAGGUGGAUGAGCGCCUGAAGCGGCGCUUCAGCGUUUCGGCCAGCAUGGAGGAGAUCUCGAAGAUCGCCGAGACCAAGACGGGGGCCUCGCAGGCCAAUCUGGGCCCCGAGCAGGCGGCUCUGGCCCAAUCGCAGCACUUCGAUCAACUGGAGGCGCUGUGGAACAAGCGAUCGCCGCCGAGAAGGCGUCACAAUGCGGGUCUCUCGAGGCAAACCUCGCUGGUGGAGGACCGGCUCGAAUCGUCGGAUGAUGACGAGUACCAGGACGAGCGCGCAGGUAUGUUGUCCGCCUCCUACGAUAACAUCCACCUCCUUGCACGUUUGCCCGGCCUGCGAUCCCUGCACGAUGCAUGGAAGACCAACAGUCUGCGGGUGCGGUCACCUCGAUCCCGUUCCGCCCGCACCAAGUUCUAUGUGAGCACACCCCCACCACAGAACUCGCAGGACAGCAGCAGCCACGACCUGCAGCAAUCACCCGGACAUUGUAGUAGUUAUGGUGGCCGAAUGGUGGUGGCUCCUGACCUGGUCAGGGAUCUCCUUGCAAGUCCAAUCCCUGCUGCCGCCGCAGAGUCACCUCAGAGGAUCUCCCUAAAGCAGUUGCUCCACUGGCCCAGCCUUAAGUCUCGAAUCUGGCGAAGACAGCGGAACUGCCAUUCCCUGCAGCCGAAUAUCCGGUUGAAUCCGCCCGAGCGCAUCCUCCGACCCACGCCCAUCAUUGUGGUGGAAAACUACGAUGUCCGGCGAGUGCAGCAACUGCGCACGGAUUUGAUUCUCCAUCCGCAGACCAGUCGGGCCUCUGUGGGCCACAUCGAGGUGGCCGGCAGCGAGCAGCUUCUGGCCAAAAAGUCCAACUACUGGCAGCGCCGCUGGCAGCUUCUGCGCCACAAGGCCAACCGAUCAGAAUCUAGUCAUCCACUUCGGGAUUCCGGCAAUUCCCAUUCGAAUAACAGCAACGCCGAUCGCACGGCCAACUGCAAUGACUGUGUGGCCCAAUGACAGGCAGUGAGCCACCCAACCACCGACCAAAUCGAACCGCCACACCA